AUGAAUGGGGGAACGUUCAAGGGACUCAAAAUGGGUGAAAGGAGAUCAAAGAAGAAGCAGCAAUCGACUACUGAAUCUGAGGAGACGGUAUCUAGUGAAGGAGAUGACUCGCUAGACAGUUCGGAUGAUUCGGAGCCCGAACCAAGGCGUGAAAGGAAGCUGCGUAGACCACGUCCGGUAUCAGAGUGGAAUCUUCGCUACGAUGGCAAGGAUGAUGGGAAACGUUUGAACAAGUUCAUUGCUGAGGUUGAAGGUAUGGCAGAAGCGGAAAACCUAAGCAAGAGAGCGUUGUUCAAAGAGGCCAUUCACCUAUUCUCGGGCGAAGUUCGCACCUGGUAUAUGGAAGGCAAGAAGAACAGGAAUUUCACGAAUUGGAAGGAGUUAUUGAAGACGGGAUCGGCGCAAAAGUCGUCACAGGUGAACGAAGUCUACCAAAGCUCGUCACCGAAGUUCUACAAGCCGCAGCCGAAGCCGGAUUGGAAGCCGAAGGGUACCGGAAACAAACCAGGUUGGAGCGAUAACAGGAAGCAGUCAGACCAUCCGAGGAAACCGACAGAGAACAAGAACGAGAAGUCUUCACAACCUGGACCCACUAAAACCCAACAACAACCAGGAAAUAGUAGAGCAACGCUGGAAGAGCGUGUGGUUCGACAUCGAGUACCGGACAGUACGGUGUGUUACAACUGUCGCGGGAAGUAUCAUCACUUCAAAGCGUGCUUGAAGGAGCGGGAACUGUUUUGUGCGGUGUGUGGAUUUUAUGGCUUUACACACGAGAACUGCCCGUUUUGUGCAAAAAACGGUCGCAAGUCGGCGUAG